AUGGACACUCAAGAAGAGAAGACCUGCGGAACCAACGAGUUCGAGUCGUUCUCCCACUUUCAACUAGACACUUUCGUUUCAGGCAUUGCCAAGAGAAGCGUCCGCCUUCAUCGAUGUCGACGCGCUCUGCCGACAGUGGAUUGUACUCGUCGGCCACGACUACGGCGCCGUCUGAUAGCAGCCCGACUGUUACGAGCGGAGCCGAGGGCCAGAGCACGCAGCUAAACACUUUGCUGGCGCAAACCGCCAACCUUAUGGCUGUGAACGAGCAGCUCCGCAAGGAGAUUGCCGAGUUAGUGAACUCAUUUUACACCAAUUCGAUACAAUUAUUCAGGAACGAGCACAUCCACUCGAUGCAGAUGCGAGCUCUCGGCACCCUCCCGUCGGCUGGACAGUACAAUGCUUCUGCUAUGGACCUGAGACGUCGCGGCGAACGUCGCAUGCAGAAGCCGGAGUCGUACAAGACUGUCAUCUGCCAGGCAUGGCUCGAGUCCAAGACGUGCACUUUCGCUGAAAACUGUCGUUUUGCGCACGGAGAGGAGGAGCUCCGUCCUUCGGUGUAAGUUUUCUUUAUUUGAAAUGAAAUAAACGGCCGAUUUUUCAGGAUUGAGCCCCGCCAGAACCACAAGUACAAAACGAAACUGUGCGACAAGUACACCACGACUGGACUGUGCCCAUACGGGAAGCGUUGCUUGUUCAUCCAUCCGGAUCACGGGCCAAACGCCUAUAUCCGUGCCGACAAGUUGUUCGAGGUUUCUCAGCGUCACGCACUUGCUGAUCUUCGUGACCAGAUGGAGAAUCACAUCAUGAGCGGUGGUCGCCCCGCUCCUUCGGCUGCUCCGGCUGUCCCCGCCGCCGUCGCCGCCACUGCUCAGCCGGCUGAUAUGCUCGCCAGACCGACUACUCCUGUGGAGCCGGCGACGAAGAUGCCAUCAGUGCCACUGGGACCAACUCCGGUCAGCGCCCGUGGACCGAGAUACGAGUUGCCGUCGAGAAAUGGUGGCGACGCGGACGGUAAGAAUCGGAGGUGCUGAACUGAAAACGGCAUGAAAUUAAGCUGCUGGAAGCCGCCCACAUCCGAGCUGGCCACUGGAGCCGUCCUCGUUCUUCUCUCUGGAGCACGGAAGCAUGGCGAGUCGCCCAGUCAGUCCGUUCGAGUCGAUGCUCAUCGGAGCCGCCACCACCGCCGGAGUAUUGCCGUUCACUAUGAUCGGUACGCUUUUUAAGAGUUUCAGUUUUUUUACCAGCACUCUGCUCAGGAAAGCAGUCAACUCCUGGGGGCGUGUCCGGCUACUCGUCCGGUGGAUCGACUCCGUAUCAGGACGUCGACUCUACCUCGUUCUCUCCGGCCUCCGCAGCCGCCGCCGCCGCUUUCCUCGCUUCCUCGGCUGCCGCUCAAUCUGCUCUCCUUCCUGCUUCUGUGGUCGACCCGAAGAUGUUCCCGCAUCGUGAGGAGUCGUUUUCUCCCAUGCCCGGAUUCGAUCAGCUUGCCGAAGAUAUGGCCAAGCAUCUCGAGUUGUGGUGA